CAGUGCUGCUUUUUCAAGGACGCAGGACACAAUUCCUUUUCUGGUCUCUACCUAACUUUAGCUCACCCCUCCCAUCCCUUAGCAGUGUCGGGAUCGACUCGUCCUGUCGGCUUAUACAUCUGCCCUCAUUUAACCCCAGUUCUAAGCUAAAUACUGUUGUUUUUGAAAAAAAAAAUACCCCAAAGUUCCACUCCCUUAUGCCGCUACAGUGACUGUAUGCUUUUCAGCUCAUCUGAGGACAAGAGAUACUGGGAUUGAAAGUGUACAGGUAUUAUUCCAGUUUGCUGCAUACAGUACUAGUAUUACAGAAGAAAACGGUGGCUUCUAUAUGACAAGAUGUCCUCUGUUGGCUCAAAGACUCAAAAGAAAAAUGCUUAUGUUGCUGUGAAGGUUGAUCCUGAUGACUCGUAUACAACCCCUGGAGUUUUUGAUUUGGAACGUCUGUUCUGGAAAGGAGGGGUCAGAUAUACACAUGUCAAUGAGGUGUGGCCUAAUUUGUACAUUGGAGAUGAAGCAACUGCAUUAGAUCGAUACAACCUGGAAAAGAUGAAUAUCACUCACAUUCUCAAUGCAGCAGAUGGGCCGUGGAACGUAUGUACUGGACCAGAGUAUUACAGUGACAUGACCGUUGAGUACCAUGGGGUACAAGCUGAAGAUAUUCCAUCAUUUGAUCUAAGCCAGUUUUUCUACUCAGCUGCUAAAUUCAUUGAUACUGCACUCAGCAAACCAGAAAAUAACAUUCUAGUUCACUGUGCAAUGGGGCGUAGUCGUUCAGCUACUUUAGUCCUGGCAUAUUUGAUGAUCUACAAAAAUAUGACAGUGGUAGAUGCCAUUGAACAGGUGAUAAAACACAGAUGCAUUCUGCCCAACCGUGGCUUUCUGAAACAACUUAGAGAACUUGAUAUAAAGCUGGCUAUGGAAAAAUACAAUACAAGAGAAGUUUCCAUUUCAAAUGAGGGAGAAACAAAUGAGAAGAAUGUUGAAGAAUAUGAUUUUUAACUGUGGACUGUUCUGAACAUGACGAUGAAGUUAUAAAAUUCUUUACAAAAACUGAAAUGUCCUAAAACUGCAUCAGUGCUAGAAGAAAUGGUCAUGACUGAUCUGCUGCAAAAAGGUUGAAGAGUUCUAAAAACUGAGUAAAAUGUUACAGGACCAUUCUAAUACCAUGAUUACUGUGACUGAGUUAUAAUGAAAGAUACCACAGUGGGUUUCUAACUUAGGCUGUUUAAGGUUUUAAAAAUGUAUUCUACUGAAACAAAUAGGGCAUUUUUCAUGCAGCUUAAAUUUAUAAGAUGCAGAAGAAAGAAUAGAUAGCAUUAUUAUUAACAGGUUUAAGACAUUUCUCACUCAGUAUGAGACAAAGUACAGUUGUUUAAGUCAUCAUCAUCUUUUGGCUGUUCCCUUUAGGGGUCGCCACAGCAGAUCAUCUGUU